UCUCGUCUCCCAAAACCCAAGGCUGUCGGCGGCGAUGGCGGACUCGGCUGCGGCCGCUGAGGCGGCGCAACCGGCGACGGUGGGGCAGGCGGUGAUCCCGCUCGUCAAUAGGCUGCAGGACAUCAUGGCGCGGCUAGACGGCGACUCCGCCGCCGGCGUGGAGCUGCCACAGGUGGCGGCCAUCGGCGGGCAGAGCAGCGGCAAGUCGAGCGUGCUGGAGGCGCUCGUCGGCCGCGACUUCCUCCCGAGGGGCCCCGAAAUCUGCACCCGCCGGCCCCUCGUGCUCCAGCUCGUGCGGCACUCGGCCCCCGAGGAGUGGGGCGAGUUCCUCCACGCCCCCGGCCGCCGAUUCCACGAUUUCGAGCACAUCAAGCGCGAGAUCCAGUCGGAAACUGACAAAGAAGCUGGAGGUAACAAAGGGGUUUCCGAGAAACAGAUCCGUCUUAAAAUCUUUUCACCGAAUGUCAUUGACAUCACCUUGGUUGACCUCCCUGGAAUAACUAGGGUUCCAGUUGGAGAUCAGCCUAGUGAUAUUGAGUCAAGAAUAAGAACAAUGAUCAUGCAAUACAUUAAGCAUCCAAGUUGCAUUAUCUUGGCUGUCUCACCCGCAAAUGCAGAUUUAGCUAAUUCUGAUGCGCUUCAACUGGCAAGGCUUGGUGAUCCUGAUGGAUCGAGGACAAUUGGUGUUAUCACCAAGUUGGACAUCAUGGACAGGGGAACUGAUGCUCGUAACUUUUUACUGGGAAAUGUGAUUCCUCUCAAGCUUGGUUAUGUAGGUAUUGUGAAUCGCAGCCAAGAGGACAUCAACUUUAACCGAAGCAUUAAAGAUGCACUUGCCUUUGAGGAGAAGUUUUUCUCGACUCUACCUGCUUAUCACGGUCUUUCACAAUGCUGUGGUGUUCCUCAAUUAGCCAAGAAGUUAAAUAUGAUUCUACUAAAGCACAUUACUGAUAUGCUUCCAGGUUUGAAAUCUCGAAUAAAUGCUCAGUUGGUAGCAGUUGCAAAGGAACAUGCUGCUUAUGGUGAUGCUGCAGAAUCAACGGCUGGCCAGGGAGUUAAACUAUUGAACAUAUUGGGAAAAUAUUGUGAAGCCUUUUCUUCAAUGGUGGAGGGCAAAAAUAAAGUGUCAACAGAUCAGCUUUCUGGUGGAGCAAGAAUUCACUACAUUUUUCAGUCAAUUUUUGUCAAGAGCUUGGAGGAAGUUGACCCUUGCAAGAACAUAAGCGAUGAAGAUAUUCGCACUAGCAUACAGAAUUCUGGCGGUCCAAAGGGUGCUAUGUUUCUGCCAGAGUUGCCUUUUGAGAUUCUUGUCCGAAGGCAGAUAGGCCGUUUGCUUGAUCCAAGUCUUCAGUGCGCUAAGUUUAUCUAUGAUGAGUUAGUCAAAAUCAGCCAUGGUUGCUUAACCAGUGAGCUGCAGAAAUACCCAAUUCUUAAAAGGCGGAUGGGUGAAUCAGUUAGCAAUUUCUUGAGAGAUGGUCUUCGACCUGCAGAAACAAUGAUAACCCAUAUUAUUGAAAUGGAGAUGGAUUACAUAAAUACCUCACAUUCAAGCUUUGUUGGAGGCAGCAAGGUUGUUGAACUUGCUAAGCACGAUGGUCUACCUUUGAGAGGACCAACUUCACUAUCGGCUCAUAAGGAUGGUAUUGCUAUAAGUUCUGAGAUGCAGUUAAAAUCUUCUAUUGAGAACAAUAUACAGCUCAAAUCUGAAAGAGGUCAAAAGUCACGUGCUGUUUUUGCAAGAGAUGCUACCAGAGGAGCAACAGCUGAGCAGGGAUUUCAGCCUGAUACUGAUGCAGAUAUUGACACAGAGUAUGUUUGGGUCCAAGUCAUGGAAAAUCCUAGCCUUGACAGGCGAGGAACAAGUGCAGCAGGUGGAGGCCAGAAGGGUAACUCUCUAGUUGGUGGGAGUUUGUCAAACAUGCCAGGUCCGCGAGUCCUAAAUAGCUUAUACUCUAUGAUUCGGUUAAGAGAGCCACCCAUCACAUUGAAACCAUCAGAAAACAAGACUGACCAGGAUAGAACAGAGAUAGCAAUUGUGAAGCUAUUGGUCAAAUCUUACUAUGACAUUGUCAGAAAGAGUAUUGAGGAUGCAGUUCCAAAAGCUAUAAUGCACUUUCUGGUGAACCACACAAAGCGGGAGCUCCAUAACGUUUUAAUUCGGAAACUAUACAGAGAGAACCUACUUGAUGAAAUGCUGAGGGAAACAGAUGAAGUUCUUAUCAGACGGCAGCGUAUUCAAGAAACGCUCCAAGUUCUCGAACAAGCACAUAGGACGCUCGAAGAGUUUCCCCUUGAAGCUGAAAAGGUCGAGAAGGGCUACAGCCUAUCUGAAUAUACAACUGGCCUCCCAAAACUCGCUGGACUUGGCAACCGCAGCCUCAGCUAGUACAGUUAAAAGAUGCAUCUCAUGUAGAUGAACAUGCGCCUGUGGCAUCUACACAGAUGCCAAUAAAGUGCACCUCUCCACUUUUUUUGAUCCAAUCCUCAAUCAUUUUCGAGCAUUGCGCUAGAGUUUUGACCUGUAAAUCCAAAUUUUGUGCUACAAGCCUACAAGGGUAUGCUUCGUUGCAACUGGAAGCUAUUGCUGGAAUAGCACCUCCGUAACAGCAGCAGUUGUGCCCAUAUAUAGCUGGAGUAGAUCAAUAUGAUCCUGUACUAACUAUUACGUCAUUAGUCAGAUGGCAUCAAUUUCUGUCAA